UCCAAACUUAAUUGUGCCAUCAAAAAAUCUAUCUUGAAAAAUCAAUAUGGAAUAAGAAUAAUAUUGCCUCCAUUUUUUUAUUUUCUGUUUUCUUCAUUUAUUGGAUAUUCAUAAACCAAGGAAACUUUAAAGAUAAGUAAGUGUAUGAAAAAAAAAAAUGUAUAUAUAAAAAACCUUGUAUAUAUACAAGUAUGAUAUAUAAGUAAAAGAAAAAUAAAUAUUUUAUAUUUAACACGAACAUUGAUCAAUAUACCAUCGAUUGACGAGUAAUUUUGUUAUAAGUUUCUAAAAUAAUAAUGCUUGUUAUCCUGCAUACGAAGUAUAUCAUAGACCCAUAAGUUCAUAACCCAUACAAAUUUGGAUUAUUGGUGGACUUUUGAAUGCUUUGUUGGCAAAUACUUAGUCACUUAUAAUAAUAGCGUAAGAUCAUUUUCAACAGGAUUUUAUAAUAAAUAAAUGAUGAUCUUCUAAGUUCUAACAUGUUCCUCCUCUUAUGCCAUAAAUUCCAACAACCACCAUAUAUUCUUAAAAUUCCUUCAUUCUACAGUUCCACAAAUCAAAAGAAAAAACUUCACCAUAAUUCUUGAUUAAUUCCAAAUUGAAAGAAAUGGGUGGAGAAGAAAGCAUCAAAGAAACGUUUUUUAUAUCUCAUGGAACUCCAAUGAUGACUAUUGAAGAGUCAAAACCUUCAAGGAAAUUCCUAGAAAGUUGGAGAGAGAAAGUGUAUUCCAAGAAACCAAAGACUAUUUUGGUAAUUUCAGCUCACUGGGAAACUGAUGAACCUGCUGUUAAUUCUGUGGACGUCAAUGUUACCAUCUAUGAUUUCUAUGGCUUCCCUGCUCGCAUGUAUCAGUUCAAGUAUCCAGCUCCAGGGUCUCUGGGUUUGGCAAAGAGGGUACAAGAACUUCUUACUACGUCAGGGUUCAAAACUGUACACAUUGACAAGAAACGUGGGCUGGAUCAUGGUGCAUGGGUGCCUCUGAUGUUCAUGUAUCCCGAGGUUGACAUCCCUGUUUGUCAGCUCUCUGUUCAAUCGCACUUGGAUGGAGCAUACCACUACGAAUUGGGACGAGCAUUGGCUCCUCUGAAGGAUGAAGGUGUACUCAUCAUUGGUUCUGGAAGUGCAACACACCCUUCGAACAGUACCCCUCAUUUUUAUGAUGGAGUUGCACCUUGGGCUGCAGAUUUUGAUCGCUGGCUUGAAACAGCUCUAACAAAUGGAAGGUAUGAAGAGGUGAAUAAAUGUGAAGCCAAAGCACCUAACUGGAAAUUGGCGCAUCCAUGGCCAGAGCACUUCUAUCCAUUGCAUGUAGCCAUGGGAGCCGCCGGUGAAAACUGGAAGGCAGAGCUCAUUCAUAAUAGCUGGGAUCAUGGCACCAUGUCAUAUGGCUCCUACAUGUUCACAUCCAGCUGAUGUUCACCUUGUUAGUUGUUACACUAUUGUUGUGUUUUUUUAGCACAUUGAUAUUCUCUUCAACAAUGCAAAUUAUGGGAUUAUACCUAUUAAUAUGGGACCUACGGAGUAGCUUGUAAGUUUGUUCAUAAUGAAUAUAAUUGGCUCAAA